CGGAGCACGUCUGAAUGUUCGUCGAGGUGAUCAUCUGAUAUAUUUCUGAAGAUAUCGAGAGAGGCUGAUCCUCUGAGAUUGAUUUGUGAUCUGUGUGUGAGUGACUGUACCUGGCGGCAUCAUGGGGGAGUUGUUUCGCAGUGAGGAGAUGACUCUGGCCCAGCUCUUCCUUCAGUCUGAAGCGGCCUACUGCUGUGUCAGUGAACUGGGCGAGCUGGGAAUGGUCCAGUUCAGGGAUCUCAACCCUGAUGUGAACGUGUUUCAGAGGAAGUUUGUGAAUGAAGUGAGACGCUGUGAGGAGAUGGAUAGGAAGCUCAGGUUUGUAGAGAAGGAGAUUAAGAAAGCCAACAUUCCAACUAUGGACACUGGUGAGAAUCCUGAAGUCCCAUUCCCACGUGACAUGAUUGACCUUGAGGCAACUUUUGAGAAACUGGAGAAUGAACUGAAGGAGAUCAACACAAACCAGGAGGCCCUGAAGAAGAACUUUCUGGAACUGACAGAACUCAAGCAUAUCCUCAGACGGACACAGCAGUUCUUUGAUGAGAUGGAGGAUCCUAACCUAUUGGAGGAGUCUUCAUCUCUGCUGGACCCCAAUGAGGCUGGUCGUGGAGCUCCACUGCGGCUGGGGUUUGUUGCUGGGGUUAUAAACCGAGAGAGAAUCCCCACAUUUGAGAGGAUGCUGUGGAGAGUGUGCCGUGGAAAUGUGUUUUUGCGACAGGCUGAGAUUGAAGACCCUCUUGAAGACCCCACAACAGGAGAUCAGGUGCACAAAUCUGUGUUUAUCAUCUUCUUCCAAGGAGACCAGCUGAAGAACAGAGUGAAGAAGAUCUGUGAAGGGUUUCGUGCGUCUCUGUACCCAUGCCCUGAAACCCCUCAGGAGAGGAAGGAAAUGGCAGCGGGCGUCAACACCCGCAUUGAUGACCUCCAGAUGGUGUUAAAUCAAACAGAGGAUCACCGACAGAGAGUAUUACAAGCAGCUGCUAAAACCGUACGAGUGUGGUUCAUUAAAGUGAGGAAGAUGAAGGCCAUUUAUCACACUCUGAACCUCUGCAACAUCGAUGUUACACAGAAAUGUUUGAUUGCUGAAGUCUGGUGCCCCGUUUCGGACCUCGAUUCCAUUCAGUUCGCUCUGCGCAGGGGAACGGAACGGAGUGGGUCAACAGUUCCCUCCAUCUUGAACCGAAUGCAAACCAAACAGACUCCACCUACUUAUAACAAGACCAACAAGUUCACGUCAGGUUUCCAGAACAUUGUGGAUGCUUACGGGAUUGGAACCUACCGAGAGAUAAACCCAGCACCAUACACCAUCAUUACAUUCCCCUUCCUGUUUGCAGUCAUGUUUGGUGACAUGGGUCACGGCAUGUUGAUGACCUGUGCGGCACUUUACCUCGUCAUCAGAGAGAGUCGCCUGCUUGCUCAGAAAAGUGACAAUGAGAUGUUUAGCAUGAUAUUUGCUGGGCGUUAUAUCGUUCUUCUGAUGGGGAUCUUCUCCGUCUACACUGGUCUGAUCUAUAAUGACUGCUUCUCUAAAUCACUCAACAUGUUUGGGUCUGGCUGGAGCGUGCGGCCCAUGUUUGACCAGAAGGGUGGAAACUGGUCGUUUGGGACUCUGGACAGAAACCCUGUUCUUCAGUUGGAUCCGGCUGUUCCUGGAGUGUUUGGUGGCCCAUAUCCUCUAGGCAUUGACCCUAUCUGGAAUAUUGCGACAAACAAGCUGACGUUCCUCAACUCCUUUAAGAUGAAGAUGUCAGUAAUCAUGGGUGUUAUUCACAUGCUGUUUGGAGUCACACUCUCCCUCUUCAAUCAUCUGUACUUUAAGAAACCUCUGAACAUCUUCCUUGGUUUCAUCCCAGAGAUUGUGUUCUUGAGCAGUCUGUUUGGUUAUCUGAUCCUGCUCAUCUUUUAUAAGUGGAUGGCGUAUGAUGCUGUGACCUCUAAAGAUGCUCCCAGUCUGCUGAUAGCCUUCAUCAAUAUGUGUCUGUUCAACUACAACGACCCCACCAACAAACCCCUGUACAGAGGACAGAUGGGGAUUCAGUCUCUGUUAGUGUUGAUAGCUCUGGCAUGUGUACCGUGUAUGCUGGUGGUGAAGACUUUGAUCCUGCGGCGCCAGUACUUGUGGAGAAAACACCUGUCCCAGAUGAGGGAAGCAAGACCUGCAGAGAAUCUAGAAACUUUAGAGCAGACAGGCACCAGCUCACCCACCGGACUCACCCUACAGGGCACGCAGAAGUUCGGUGGUGUCCGGAUCGGAAACGGGCCUACAGAGGACGAAGCGGAGAUCAUUGACUAUGACCAGCUCUCGCAGCAUUCAGAGGAAGGAGACGAGCAUUCAGAUGAAGAACCGUUUAACUUUGGAGAUAUGGCCGUUCAUCAGGCCAUUCACACUAUAGAGUACUGCCUGGGCUGUAUCUCCAACACGGCCUCGUACCUGCGGCUCUGGGCCCUUAGUUUGGCUCAUGCUCAGUUGUCUGAGGUGCUGUGGGGUAUGGUGAUGCACCUCGGGCUGUCCUCCAGGAGUGGGGGUGGAUUUUUCGGACUGUCAAUCAUUUUCUCGGCCUUUGCCACAUUAACAGUGUGCAUCUUGCUCAUCAUGGAGGGGCUGUCUGCGUUCUUGCACGCUCUGAGAUUGCAUUGGGUGGAGUUCCAGAACAAAUUCUACACAGGACAGGGCUUCAAGUUUGUCCCCUUCUCCUUCGAAAGUAUCCUGGAGGGACGAUUUGAUGAAUGAGCUACUACAAUCCCAUCUAAUAUCAUCCGUUCCCAAGUCCUGCAUGGAACCCCUUCCUUGAUAAGUGCGGUGCUGUUCACUGAAUAUUUGUAAGACGCGUCUGUGCCCUUUUCACCUUUAAAUGCCUAUUGAGAGCACUUUUUCCGUGGUGUUCUUGAGAUGUGUGCUGUGCUGUAACUCUUUCUCUUCAUAUGGAUUUAAGAUAUGGCCCAAAUGUAUGUGUACAGUCCAUCAAAACAGUGUAUUCACUGCUUGUAAUGAAUGUUGAAUUUUAUCAUAUGGAUAUAAAACAAUGUGUCUUGUGCCUCAUAGUGAAUCUAGAUUAUUGGGUGCUUAAAAAAAAGUGUGUGGUAAAUAAUGGAAAAAGCCAAAUGUGAAGUACCUUCUCUAACUGAGUGUUAUCUAAAGCAGUGGUCCACAACUGGUUUCUUCAGGACCCAGAUUUUACGGUGCGACCAGACAUCAAGUGCCGACCAGUUUUGAGUGUAAUCUGAUUUGAAAGUAAUUAGUUACUUUUUAAGUCAAAAAGUUUUAAUCAUAUUAGAGUCACUGACUUUCAAUUAAGUUGAUUACUUUUAAGUACAUUACUUGGGUUACACAUUUCUAAAAUAAUAUUUAUAUAGAAUAUGUUUAAAAGAUGAAUAGAAUUUAUAUGUAUGUCUGUUUGCUUUUCUGUGACAGCUGAAGGGUGAGUAUAGACAAUGUAUAUAGACAUUAUUUUGAAUUUGUUGAGCAGAAAAACUAACUUUUCUGUGAAAAGUGUUUUAGAAAGUAACUUAAAAGUAAGGGAAUUAGUAAUGUGAUAAAGGUUUGAUGAAUUAUUCAGUAACUGAUUACAAAUUUAGAGAAGUAAUAUGUACACAGCAAAAACCAUGUAUGCUUACUGCAGUUGUGUCAUACUUCAGAUAUGUGUAGUUUUGUUCAUGGUUUAAAAAAAAAAUUAUAAUAAUAAGUUGUUUUGCGACCAGUUGAGAACCACUGUUGUAAAGGAAAACAUGAUAAAGUCCAGUGAUUAUGAUUAAAAUUAAAUAAUGGCUAAAUAGAUAAACAAUAUAAAGAAGGUGGUUGCUCCCCUAUUAUAUUUAUGGAAAAUGUUUAUGUUCCCUCAAUCACUUCCUGUUGUUUCUUUCCACAAAUAACAUUCUUGUAUUUCACCUUGAGGAUUAUUCAAGUCUAAGAUGAUUUGACUCUCAAUCGGUUUGCCAGGUUGACAAAAAUGUAACGUUGUCACAGCUAAAAAACUAAAACCUUUGUAGCUUAAUAUCCUGCUAAGUUAACUGCCCUGGCUUGGCCAUAUCAUGAGUAUCAUGAGGCAGCUAUAGUAAAAGUCAAUAAUGCAUCUAAAGAUAAAGAUGAUUUUUCAUCAUGUAUGUUGGAGUGCUGUGUUGAGCUCAGAAGAGAAACAUAUCAACAAAGAAAUACAUUUGUCACAAGACUUAGUCAUCUAUUUAUUUUUAGCUGUAUUCUUGGUGAUGUGGCAAGUGUUUUAAAUGCAUAAAGUAAGUUUGUUUAUGCAUAAACACAUUUCAAGAGAGAAUUAUACAACCAGAAGAGUCGAAGAUGUUUGUUUGUGGUAAUAUGUUGUUCCUUCUAAAUCUGACCAUUAAACACCUGGGAAAAUAAACUCAUAUGUCAA